GUGGCAUCCUUGGGCAUGGUGGAGCCGUUGAGCAUGUAGGCCUGAUGGGCCUCCGAAUGGCUGCCACUGGGACCUGGAAGUGGAACCACUACAUGAGGAAUAUGAAUUAUACACAACAAGAACAGAAAGAAAAUUGAAAGCAUAGUCAUGAAAUCCCCAAUCUGACUGGGUUAAACUGUGAUCAACAAAAGACAGUGUGUAAAAGCUCUUCAUAAGUGCCAGAACUGAAGAUUGCAGCAGAAAAUUAGAAGUUAAGCUUGAAAGAGACAAGCAACUGGAGAUCAAAGGCUUACAAGACGAUUCAGAUUAAGUCACAUUGCUUGGAGGACCACCUGCUGAUACAGCAUGGCUACUAAUCAAAGUGCUUCAUCAUUAAUUGAAGUAGUAAAACAAGUGGCAGACCAACAGAAUAUUCAAGCCUUUGAAAUAGAAAAGAGUAAAUCUGUUCUUGUAAAGUUGCAGACUCAUGUUCUGGAUCUUGAAACACAACUGAAGCAUGUUGUAUCAGAAAGAAAAGCAACAGAAAGGCAGCUCUAUUAUCAAGAUGAAGCUAUAGCAAAUGCCAAAAAACAUUGUGAAGAUCUGGAGACUCAGAUCAGAGCCUUGUAUGCUGAGAAUAUGAAACUGACGCUUGACACAGAAGCCCUGGAAGAGGAGUUUCAAGUGAUCCUCCUGAGAAACAAUGCCUACUAUGAGAAAAUAACUGCUCACAAAAGAUGUCUUGGCCAGAUGGAGAGCAAAUUGCCACUCAUGCUUGAGCUGGCUGAAAAAAAAGCCACCGUCAAAGAGAUGAUUACCCAAAAGGAGGAACAAAUGGCAGUUCUGCAGCACUUAGACGUACAGUCUACUGGCUCAGUCCAGGAUGAAAUUCUGUGUUUGGAAGAUGAAAUUAAUGUCUUGAAGGAAGCUAUCAGUAAAAAGGAAAAUGAACUUCAAUAUGAAAGAAACAUGCAUGUCAGACUCCAAAAAGAAACAGAAGUGCAGAAUAAAAGAUACGAAGCUAUACUAAAGCGCCUGCACUGUCAAGUGAACAGACUGCAGUCCAGCAAAAGACAGCAUCAGUGGAACAUACUUCAGAUGGAAGAAAAAGCAGUGGAACUUAGAAAACUGCUUGGAGCAACUAAUGAAUGAGCUUGUCUUCAAAUGCGGCCUCCAUUUGUACAGCAAACUUUUAAGUCAAUCUUAUACUCAGUAUUGUAACUCUUUCGUAGACCUUUUCUGCAUGACAAUACAUUUGUCCUUGUUACAGUUGCAAUCUGUAUUUAUUUCCCACACAAACUAUAAUUCUUCCCCACACACGGCUGCUUUUAUUUCUAAUGUACAUGUUAAGGAGGAAAAAACCCUCGUUAAACAGCUAAUCUUUGUCUGAUUUGCUAUUCUUAGUUGCUUUUAUUCAUCACAGUUUUGGUUUAAGAUGACACUAGAUACAGAUAAUUCUGGAAUAAUGUUAUAGCAUGCAAAACCAUACCUAGUUUAAAUUCAUAAAGUAACAUAUUUAAUUUAAUUCAAAUAGACAAAAAUCACAAGUACCAUAUUUUGCGCUCCAUAAGACGCACCUUUCCAUAAGACGCACCAAUUUUUAGGAGAAGAA